AUGAAGUCUGUUGCCCUCUUGACAGCCUCUGUGCUGCUGGGCAGUGCCUCUGCUGAGGUCCACAAGCUGAAGCUCAACAAGGUUCCCCUCAGCGAACAGCUGAACACCCACAACAUCGAUGCCCAUGUUCACGCCUUGGGCCAGAAGUACAUGGGCAUUCGCCCUGACCGACACCAGGAGAUGAUGUUCCAGGACACCUCGAUCAAGCCUCAGGCUGGUCACGACGUCUUGGUCGACAACUUCCUGAACGCACAGUACUUCUCUGAGAUUACCCUCGGUACUCCUCCCCAGUCCUUCAAGGUUGUCCUUGAUACUGGCAGUUCCAACCUGUGGGUCCCGUCAUCGGAGUGCGGCUCGAUCGCCUGCUACCUCCACAGCACUUAUGACUCUUCCGAGUCCUCAACCUACAAGAAGAACGGCACCAAGUUUGAAAUCCGAUAUGGUUCUGGUAGCCUGAGUGGCUUCGUCUCCCAGGACACGCUCCAGAUUGGCGACCUGAAGGUUAAGAACCAGGACUUUGCCGAGGCCACCAGCGAGCCUGGUCUUGCUUUUGCUUUCGGUCGUUUCGAUGGUAUCCUUGGUCUGGGAUAUGAUACCAUUUCCGUCAACAAGAUGGUCCCCCCUGUCUACAACAUGAUCAACCAGAGUCUUCUAGACGAGCCUGUUUUUGCCUUUUACCUGGGCAACGCUAACAAGGAUGGCGACAACUCCGAGGCUACCUUCGGUGGUGUGGACAAGAACCACUACACUGGUGAGAUGAUUAACAUCCCUCUGCGCCGCAAGGCCUACUGGGAGGUCGAGUUUGACGCCAUUGCCCUUGGCGACAACAAGGCUGAGCUGGAUAACACUGGUAUCAUCCUUGACACCGGUACUUCUCUCAUCGCUCUGCCCUCAACCUUGGCUGAGCUGCUCAACAAGGAGAUUGGCGCCACCAAGGGCUUCACUGGACAGUACAGCGUCGAGUGUGAUACAGUUGACUCACUGCCUGAUCUCACCUUCACCCUCAGCGGCCACGAUUUCACCAUUGGCCCCCACGAUUACAUCUUGGAGGUCCAGGGCACCUGCAUCAGUAGCUUCAUGGGAAUGGACUUCCCCGAGCCUGUUGGCCCUCUGGCCAUCUUGGGAGAUUCUUUCCUGCGCAGGUGGUACAGCGUCUAUGACCUUGGCAAGGGCUCCGUUGGCCUGGCCAAGGCCAAAUAG